AUGAGGAUACGAUUAUUUUUACAAUUCUCUUUCUUUUCUCUUGUUUAUUCAUGGCCAGAUGGAGCUCCAUGUGUACAUGCAGCAUUUGAGAGUAUGAACCCGUUGGAAGCAGUCGAACAUCAAGGAGGAUUACAGUUGAACGAACCUCCUUACGAAAUCGCUGUCGAUCAAUCGUGUUAUUGGGCAAAUCAACCAGUUGGAUUGACAGUUCAAGGCAAAAAUCUCACAAUCAAGUUCAAAGGAUUCGCCGUUCAGCCGUAUGAAUGGAGAAAUGGAAGAACGUUGGGCAGAAUCGGCCAAUUCAUUCGGCUUGAUGACAAUGGAUCUUGGCAACAACAAUGCUUUAGAAGAAAGGACUCAGCCACCCAUUCGCACGAUGAAAAGAAGAAACAUAUCAAACUUUGGUGGAAAAGUGAUGAUGAUUUGAGAACUGUGCAAUUUGUGGCGACCGUCGUUGAGCACAUUCGGAAAUUCUGGGUGAAAUCGGUUAUAUCAGUGCCGAUUCCGCCGUGUCGACAAUCGAGAAGGACCGAGAACUGGUUCGCUCCAAUGCCCACCGCUCCCCCACCAGUGAAAGCUUUCAAACAAGAGACACAUCGAGUAUUCGGUAAAGGCGGUUUUCAAGAUGCUCCUUUCAGGCCGAUGAAUGGAAGAGGCAGAGGCCGAGGC